AUGAUAGACGCAAUUCAUUUAAAACCUAGCUUUGACUUUAAGGGAGGAAAUGUUGUUGGGUCAGCAUUUGACUGUGAUGAUGCAGCAACAAGUGCACAUACAUUUAUGAUUCAAAGCAUGCAAUCAAAUUACAAAGAAGUUGUACACGUUUUGCCGGUAAAAUCCAUAGCAGCUGAAACUCUGCAUGCAUUUAUCAAAAAGGUUAUUAUGGGAUUGGAAGAAAUUGGCUUCAUGGUGAUUUCUGUUGCAACUGACAACAAUUCCAUCAACCGUAAAGCAAUGUCAUUUUUUGCUGAUCCACCUCAAUUAAUGACAGCUUAUAAACACCCGUCAGAUCCCGAAAGGCCUCUUUUUUUUCUUUUUGAUGUGGUUCACAUCUUAAAGUGCAUCCGCAACAACUGGCUGAACCAAAAGAGUGAGGGACAAUCGAUGUAUUACCCAAACUUUGAUUCUAUCAACUCAUCGUCUAUUAAAAAACUGGACACUGCAUGCUUUAAGACAUUGAGAGCUAUGCAUGAGUUGGAGCAUGCAAAAAUAGUCAAAUAUGGCUAUGGACUGACGCUCAAAGCGUUGAAUCCAACAAAUCUUGAGCGCCAAAAUGUAAAGCUUGUAUUACAGGUGUUUAAUGAACACGUAAUCGUAGCUCUGAAUGAGCUUGGUGAAAAGCACAAUUUGCCUUUCCACAAAGAAACUGCCGCCUAUAUAAAUAUUAUUUUAAAAUGGUGGUGGAUUGUCAAUGUGAAAACUCCUGAUAAAGGAAGAAGGUUGAAAAACAGCUUGAUGUAUCCAUUAAGCAAUGCACCUAAUGAUGAACGAAGGAUUUUUUCUGUCUCAGUUUAUUACAUGGCUCAAUAUUUGGCAGGAUUGUAA